CCGUUGCUAACUUCGGGGUUAUUAAGAAGACGGACCAGAUUAGCUUCCGCGAAGGCCCUUUAAAGCUAACAUAGCCGUUUUAUUAAUAUAACAGUACUUAGCAUGGUGUCUAACAAACAGAAGCGGGUGUGGAAGUACGUGGAAGAGGGCAGUUUGCUUAAGCUGAAGUCGUACCUAAGGAAGCACCGGGACCUGGAUGUGAACUUCUCCCAGGGCAAGAGGCAGAGGAGCCCGCUACACCUGGCCUGCUGCCUCGGAGACGACGCCGUCCUGCGGCUGCUGUUGAAGCACGGAACCGACGUUCUCCAGAGGGACCAUAAAGGAGACACAGCGCUACACACAGCGGCCAACAGGGCUCUUAAACACGGGAAAACAGCGUAUGAUGACCUGGUUGUGCCCCUCAAGAAGAGCUGUCCAGAGGCCAUGACUGCUCCUAACAAUGCUGGAGUCACACCUCAGGACCUGCUGAACUGGAUGAAACGUAAAGAGACUGCACAGAACAUGAGUCGUCCCUCUGAAACAGACCCUGAGAAGGAGUGGCUGGAGAAGCUGUUUGGUGAAUGCGAAGAUGAAUUCUAUGAAACGUUUGGAGUGUACGAUGAUGAUGAUUUUCUUCCUGUUGAUGACGAUGAGGAAGACUUUGGGGACUGGGCUGAUCGUAUUAGAAAAGAAUAUUUCGAUAAAAAGCAUGCGGAAGCCCAGAGACUUGCAGCAGCAUCUUCUGGGUGGAAAAAGAAAAAGAGUAAACAAGAGAGAGAGCAGGAAGAGAAAAGCCAUAAAGAGCUGUAUGAAAAGCUGCAGAGGGAGCACGAAGAGUAUCUGGCUCGAGCAGCACGUAAAGAGGAAGAGACUCGGCAGGGCAAGAAGCGCAGGUAUGAUGAGAGGUGCGCAGCCACUUUCAGUGGCGGCUCUUCAGCUGACAACACAAAGCUGAGCUACAGUGACAUUCCCUGGCCAGCUCCAAGGGGGACCGUGCAGGAGAUGGUGGACGUGAUGCUGCACGGUGUGGACCGAAAGGACGUACCAGCGUUUCGUAAAAUGCUCCGGAAGCAGCAAGCUCUGUGGCAUCCCGACAAAUUUGCUCAGAGAUGCGAAACCCGGUUGGAGGAGAAGGACAAGCAGAGGAUCCUGGAUACAGUCACAGCUCUGUCACAGGAGCUCAACAGACUGGCUCAGAGUCUGAGGGCUUAAAAUCACAAUAUAAUUUAAACUUAAUUUUAUCUUCUUUUCUGGAAAUGUGUGUAUGCAAAAACUCUAAUUUCUCUCUUAAAUUUUGUGACAUUUAUGCACAAAUGUACCAUGAAUUGCGUGUAGUUUCCACUUGUCAUAUUUGUAUUAAUUUAUCAAUCUUUUUUGUAGCUCUAGCAGGAUAAGCCAGUGGACUUAGGGUUUGUGAUUUGAUCUCCAGCUCCUCCUGUCCACAUGUCAAAGUAUUCUUGAGCAAGACACCAAACUCCAAAGUUCUCCCAGUUCUGUAAGUGUGAGUGUGUGUCGGGGGAAAGUGUGGCUCACUUUGGGGAAAAGCAUCUGUCAAAACAAUGUAAAGUAAAUGUGCUGUAAUGCAGAUAUCUACAGCUGUCCGCAGUCUGAUCUGAUUGACAUGGUUCUGAAAUGUGAGAAUUAAAACAGCUAAGUGACUUUGAUCACUGAUUGAACACUGAUCAUAAACAGGCUUUUGUAUAAUCACUGAUUUUUAAAAUAAUAAUUAACAUCAUUCAGAUUUCUUUUACCCCGAGUAAUAUUUGUGUUUAGUCAUGUGGCCCCGCAGUGUUUUUACUCUUAUAGUCCGUCUCAUCAAAAAAGACGCUCGUUCAUUUGGUCCACAGGUUUAUGUAAACACACGGUAAUAAUUAACCACCGGCGAGAAUUUGUUGUAGAACAGCUAAAAUUAACAUAUCGCCACAAACAACUUUAAUAAAGGAAUUCGCACACAAAAGAA